GUUCCCCGCUAUACUUUGUGUAAACACUGUUUAUGAAGAACCCCCGCCAGAAUCUCACAUUAUGGAGACGAUGUGUUGUGCAACAAGCUCGAAUUGAUCUAGAGAGAAUGUUAUGAGAUCAGGUCAAUUUUGACAGAUGACAGGCUCCCCGGCAUCAACUGCAAUUCGAUUAGAGAGCUCGCAAUCGAGGCCAAUUGCUUGGUGUAUCUCUUGCUACAGGUUAGCAACGGUGAUUGUAGGGAUGGAUCUCCAAUGGCGGGGUAGUUUCACGAUCCAUCACCAAUUGACCUCGGAAGCAACGAACAAUUGCAUUGUUCAGCGGCACCUCGCAUAAGGUCAGAUCUUUCUGUGUAAUUUGUCUUCAAGCAUUUAAUUGAUCUUAAAACACACUCAUCAUGAUAGGUUUGCGGUUUCUUCAUCAUGUUCGUUCUACGACACACCUUCUCAGGGCAGCGAAAUGCUUCUCUACCUCAUCAGCGCACAGCAGUCCAUACGAUAGAACAAUACGGAACCUCAAAAUAACAGACCAGACUCGAGUUAUAUACCAAGGCUUCACAGGCAAAGCCGCAACCAAAAAUGCACAAGACACAAUAGAAUAUGGAACAAAGGUCGUCGGAGGCGUCUCUCCAGGCAAAGGUGGCCAGCCACACCUAGACCUUCCAGUCUUCAACACCGUCAAAGAGGCGAUGGAGGAAGUCAAACCCGACGUCAGCGCCGUAUUUGUUCCCGCAACAUUCGCAGCCGCAGCUAUUCUCGAAGCAAUCGAAGCAGAGGUUCCUCUUGUUGUCUCUGUAGCGGAGCACGUACCCGUUCACGAUAUGCUUCGGGUUCAUGAGGUCUUGAGAACACAGUCCAAGACACGGCUGGUGGGUCCCAAUUGUCCUGGUAUCAUCGCCCCAAACCAGUGUCGCGUAGGCAUCAUGCCCUACAAGCAGUAUACUCGCGGCUGUGUUGGGAUAGUGUCCAAAUCAGGUACAUUGAGUUACGAAGCUGUCGGAUCAACUUCACGAGCUGGCCUGGGACAGAGUAUCGUUGUAGGCAUGGGAGGCGACAUGCUACCAGGUAAGUCCUCAUCAUACGAGCUGAUACGCCAUUAAUACAGAACAGGCACGACCCUGGCCGAUGGACUGAAGCUCUUCUUCAACCAUGAUGAAACCAAGGGAAUCGUCGUAAUUGGAGAGAUCGGGGGUGAGGCAGAGCUCGAGGCCGCGGAGCUCAUUAGAGAGCACCGUCGCACAUUCCCUAAACCGAAGCCUGUCAUAGCGAUGGUAGCAGGACGCACAGCGCCUGAAGGAAAGGCUAUGGGACAUGCCGGUGCGAUCUGGAGAAACGGAGAUGUUACUGCGGAGGCGAAAAGUAAAGCUCUCGAAGAUGCGGGAGCUAUUAUCGUGCCGCACCCUGGUGUUAUGGGUGAAAAGAUGAAGGAGUUGCUUGGGAUGUAAGGUGUUGCUUCAUUAGGUGAGCUUCGACGAUAAGCUCGAACAUUGGCAUUGCUGUUCUUUCUUCUAAUAUGACCUCGCCAUUGGCUGUGGUGAUCCGACAGUCGCCUCAAGGUGACAACAGCCAACUUCAGCCAUGAUCUCUCC